GGCCAGAGCUGACCGGGGUCAUGCUGGACGGUAACCUUGGCCCCUGAGAAGCCUGCUGUGCGUGGUGAGUGUUGGGGCAGUGGGGGUAUUAGAGCAGGGCGGUAGAGAGGCUCUAAUCAGCUCAGAAGUCUGAGCUCUGUUUGCUUUGUCCAGGACUUGGACGCAGGACACACGCUGAAUGGACGAGGAGUGUAGAGGUCAGACUGACCACGGCUUUGAAAUGUUAUCCGCUAGAUCAGGGUUUAGAAAUGAGAUGUUCAGAGGGAGAGAGCUAAAGACAUGGUUUCAUCACUGAACAUAAUGCUGACCGCACUGACCACACUGCUGAACACACUGACCACACUAAACACACUGACCACACUGCUGAACACACUAACCACACUAAACACACUGACCACACUGCUGAACACACUGACCACACUAAACACACUGAACACACUGCUGAACACACUGACCACACUAAACACACUGAACACACUGCUGAACACACUGACCACACUAAACACACUGACCACACUGCUGACCACACUAAACACACUGACCACACUGCUGAACACACUGACCACACAAAACACACUGAACACACUGCUGAACAUGCUGAUCACACAGAACACACUGACCACACUGCUGACCACACUAAAUACACUGACCACACUGCUGAACACACUGACCACACUAAACACACUGACCACACUGCUGAACACACUGACCACACUAAACACACUGAACACACUGCUGAACACACUGACCACACUAAACACACUGACCACACUGCUGACCACACUAAACACACUGACCACACUGCUGAACACACUGACCACACAAAACACACUGAACACACUGCUGAACAUGCUGAUCACACAGAACACACUGACCACACUGCUGACCACACUAAAUACACUGACCACACUGCUGAACACACUGACCACACUAAACACACUGACCACACUGCUGAACACACUGACCACACUAAACACACUGAACACACUGCUGAACACACUGACCACACUAAACACACUGAACACACUGCUGAACAUGCUGAUCACACAGAACACACUGAAAACAAGGGUGACUGCACUGAACACAACAACCAUACUGACCACACUAAUCAGACUAGACACUGAACUAUCGGAGUGUGUGUGUGUGUGUCAGAGUGUGAACAUUCCGACACACAUAUUCGGACACACACACUCCGGAGUCUGGAGUGUAUCGGAGUGUGUGUGUCAGAGUAUGUGUGUGUGUUGGAGUGUGUGUGUGUGUCAGAGUUUAUGUGUGUUGGAGAGUGUGUGUUGCUGCUGAACUGACCUACAUGUGCUCUGUGAUAAAUGUUCAUGAGCUCAGGGUUUAAUCCAAAAACCACUCAGAGUAGCUGAAGGUCACACAGAUCUCUCACUCUAUACUGCUGCAUGUACCCUCUCUAGGGACCCUACACAUUCUAGUGCACUUUAUAGUCUUUCUAUAAUUCUUCCUUCCUUCCUUCAUUCUAGCAUGUGUCUGUAUAUGUGUGUAGGCAUGUAUGUGUAUGUAUAUGUGUGCGUGUGUGUGUGUGUGUGUGUGUGUGUGUGUGUGAGACAGAGAGAGAGAGGCCAGCUCAGUGAAUGUGAGACAGAGAAGCGAGGCGCUCUUCCAGGCUGUUGAGCAGCUGAUGGAUGGAUGAGCAGGAGAUGUCCGCUCGACUCGGUCGUGAUAAGCCCUUCUUCAGCUGGACACCAGAGCUGAUGAUGAAGAAGGACAGGUUUCUCAUGUCAGGAACCUUAUCAGCUCCAUGCUGAGGAGAUGGGAGAGCUGGACUCAGAUAAACAGGAAGGAGGUCAUUCAUCUGAAAAAAAGACAAGGCUUUGAUUAAUCACCAGGGAAAAGAGUGAAAUGAUGGAAAAGGUGCAGAUGCCCGAAGCAACAUCUGGAACCUUCUGAGUGACCUCCAGUGUUGUGGAACAUCAUGUUAGAGCACAUUAGAUCCUGUUCUUAUUAAUGAUCUACACAGGCUUCCCUUCACCUGCCUCUCUUUCUUUCUUUCUCUCUC